CCUCCUUCUCUCUUACUUCAUGGUUGAUUCUAACGAACUUUUCAUUUUUACUUCGAAGAAGUAUGAAUUGGUGGCUAGUUCAGUGAUUUUUAAUUUUCAAGUAGUAUAGUUAAACGACGGAUCAGACGAACUUCUCAUCCUUCAGUAACAUGACCGAGAAUCUGGUCGUGUAGAGUUCGUCUGUACCUUUCAACGAAAAAUAAAAGACCUUUCGACUUGACAAUGAAUUAUUUGUACGAUAAAUAAAUAAACAACAUCAAUAACAAUGAUCAUCUCGAUUUCGUAACACUUGUGCACCCUUCUAGAUCGAGUGUGAUUUAACCUCAUUUUUACUUGCUGUUCGGCGAGCAUAAACCACUUCAAAAUGAUGCAACAAUACAUGAAGGAGUUAGAACAGGAUCCGUUUGAUCCUGAAGAAUUCGUCGAGCGACUGGCUUGGAGAACUGUCAACGAUAAUACGAAGGACAGAGGGAAAACCUUUUUUGAUCCUGUCAUCGUUCACGAGACUUUCUUGCAGGCUAUCAAGGACCUACAGAUACUGCAAGAACGGCAGCAAAAGAAGUGUGACAAGUUGGAAGCUGCACUGAAGGAGGAGGAGGCCAGGCAUGCGUUUGAGAUAUUGGAACUGCAGGAGAGAAACAGACAUUCCAUCGAUCUGUUUCAUCAGUUGGACGAAAGAAUCAAUCUCGUCGCCACUAAAGUCUUGCAUUUGGGUGACCAGUUAGAGAGCGUCAAUACACCAAGAGCGAGAGCAGUGGAGGCUCAAAAACUGAUGAGACACUUUUCAGAAUUCCUGAGCCCUGGCCCAUUGACUGAUCCUAUCUUCAUAGAUAAAUCAUCGUUGAACGACGCGGCGGAUGUGAUACAGAAACUCCAUCUCAUAGUGCAAGAACUGCCCUCCGAGAAGUUCGAGCAUGCCAAGAAGAAGAUCGGCGUCAAAUACGACGAGAUCGAGCGAAAUUUAAUCGAGGAAUUUGUGAGAGCGCACAACAGAGAAGAUGCGGCGCGCAUGAGGGAAUUGGCGGGCACCUUGGCCCAUUUCAAAGGUUACUCCCAGUGCAUUGACGCGUUUAUUGAGCAGAGUCAGAUGGGCUCGUUCGGCGGGAAAGACGUCUUUCAGGACGUCAUACCUAUGUGCACCAAGUACCACAAGCUCAUGCAACAGGUGUUCACCAAUCCUGAGCAAGUGAUGGCGAAGUUCGUGCUCAAUAUCUAUCACCUGCGCCUACAGAAGUACGCGGUAGCUAAGUUGGCCGAUAAAACCGACUCCGACAAAUACCUCAGGAACCUGUACGACCUGUACACACGUACGGUCAAGUUGUCCAACGACUUGAAGAUCUUCAACAUGGGCACCGAUGAUACGUACCUCGGCAAACUCACCAGGAACAUCUUCCAGAAGUAUCUGGACACCUACAUCACUAUCGAGACGAAAGCGUUUCGGGAGAAGUCGGCGGCGCUGCUCAUCGAAUACUACGAGUCCAAGAAUCAUCAGAAGAAGCAGCUGCAGACGGGCGGCUUUCAAGAGUUGCGCAGAGAUUUGCAGGCCGUGCUGGGUGCAAGAACGAACAUAAACAUCGCUCAAAUCGAAGACUAUGGCGGCGAGACGUUUCUCUCAGAAGAGUUGGCGAUCGCGAUUCUACAGAGGAGUAAACUCGCCUUCCAGAGAUGCCAAUUGCUUUCACAACCGGUUGACGUGCCCGUGAACGCGCUCCAGAUCUUGGAGAUACUGCUGCAAUAUUUGAUAAGCGAGCACGUGGACUACGCGCUGGAGUUGGGCCUACAAAGCGUGCCGAUACCGGAGAGCAGGACUCAGCCGGAAAUUCAUUUCUUCAACGUGGUACAUCAGUGCAACGCGAUCGUUCGGCUCUUGGAGGAGCAGUUCAACGACAGCGUGUUGCCUCUCGUCCUGUCGACGCCUAAACACGCGGACUGCUUGUUAAAGAAAAAGGCGAUAUUGGAGCAGAUCGAUGUGAAGCUAGACACCGGCUUGGACAGAAGCAUAAAUGCCAUUGUGGGCUGGGUGAAGAUGUAUCUGCAGAGUGAGCAACGGAAGACCGACUUCAAACCGGAGACCGACGUAGACACCGUGAACACGCCGGCCUGCUUGGUGGUGGUUCAGUACGUCAGCGGCAUGAUACGGUUGAUACGAAAUACACUGGACGGCAGACACUUGGACACUGCUCUGAAGGAGCUGGGCAUUCGAUUUCACAAAGUGAUCUACGACCAUCUGCAACAAUUUCAAUUCAAUUCGGCCGGCGCGAUGUGCGCGAUAUGCGACAUGAACGAGUAUCGCAAGUGCAUCAAAGAGCUGGAGGUCGAGUUCGUCACGAAUCUUUUCGAUACUCUACACGCGUUGUGCAAUCUGCUGUUGGUCAAGCCAGAGAACUUGAAGCAAGUCUGCACGGGAGAUCAGUUGAUGACACUCGAUCGUACCGUUCUACUGAAUUUUAUUCAAUUGAGGACUGAUUACAAGACACAGAAGUUAGCCAAUUGCUUAAAGGGUUUAGCAACAUGAUGACGCAUGCAACUCACAUAAAGAAAGGAUGCUCGAGAUUCUACCGAAGUCCUUCGUGAAUCAAUGAGAUCUCGCUACCGGAAUCAUUGAAAGAAAAAGAAAAAAAUUGCCGUGAGACAAUAUUUGUGUAUUUGCUUAGAAACGCGGCGGAUUUCGUCGCCAUCGGGAGAAACCCUCGUGCGUAUUGUAAGAUUUACACGCGAAACGCUUGCAGAAGAAGAUUGCUUUCUCUUUCUUUCUUUCUCUGUAUGUAAAAAUUUGUUUGUUUGCUUGUUAUGUCUUUUUUUUUCUCAACGAAAGUCGCAAUAUUGAUGAGAAACACAGUGCAUCAAUAAAUAAAAACUCACGCAAUAAAAACGCCAAAAUUGGACUGAAA